AUGAUCAAAGCUGCAAAGGUUGGAGAAACAUCAUGGCAGCUGUCUGUGCACGUGGAUCAGAAGCAAGGCGACGAGUCCAUGAGGUUCAAACUCAGGGUGAAAGGUGACUUGCACAUCGGAGGCCUCAUGCUUAUGUUGGUGGAAAAAAUCAAGACUCAGCAGGACUGGUCCGAUCAUGCACUGUGGUGGGAACAAAAGAAAUGCUGGCUGCUCAGAACCCACUGGACAUUGGACAAGUAUGGGAUUCAGGCUGAUGCUGACCUGCGCUACACUCCCCAGCACAAACCACUGUUGCUACAGCUACCCAAUAUGAAAACCAUCAGAAUAACAGUCUGCUUCUCCAGUAUGGUCUUCAAGGCAGUGGAGGAAAUCUGCAGAGUUCUCAACAUUAGAAGAUCAGAAGAACUCUCUCUGCUGAAGCCUCCCCCUGAUUCCUCCAAGAAGAAAAAGAAAGAUAAGAACUUGCCUCAAGAAGACAUCUGGGACAUAUGGGACUCACUUAACAUGGGACAGGGAGGAACAGGCCCAUUGUAUAACAAGACGAUGACGGCAACCUAUGACCCGGAGAAUGGGAUGCCCAUGUCCGCCACAAGCCUUUGGUUUGGGGAAAACCCCUUAGCUGAGUCUCAGCCAAACCUACCCCCUGCGGAGCUAGCCAAGAUAUAUCAGCCGCUGUCGCUCGUGGACAAAGCAAACAACAACGGCGGGUGGCUCGAGUCGUCUCGUUCACUCAUGGAGCAGGAAAUUCAGGAUGAUGACAAGUUGUUGCUUCGCUUCAAGUACAACGUCUUCUUUGAUCUCAACCCUAAAUAUGACGCUAUCAGGAUAACCCAGCUGUACGAACAGGCCCGGUGGUCCAUCUUGCUUGAGGAGAUCGACUGCACAGACGAAGAGAUGCUGAUGUUUGCUUCUUUACAGUAUCACAUUUGCAAACUGACCAAUUCAAACGAGCACCUGGAAAACUCCAGUGAGCCAGAACUCGAUGAAGUAGAGGCUGCCCUGUCUAACCUGGAGGUGACUCUUGAAGGCGGACACACGGACCGAAUUCUGGAGGACAUUACAGACAUUCCAGAGCUGGCAGACACCCUUCGGCUAUUAAGGCCCAAAAGACUGACCCUUCGACCAUACAAAGACUACUGGUUUGUGUUCAAGGACACCACUAUCUCGUAUUUUAAGAACAAGGAAGCUGCCGACGGAGAGCCACUCGAGCAGUUUCACCUCCGAGGGUGUGAGGUGGUCCCAGACGUCAAUGUCACGGACAAGAAGUUCGGCAUCAAGCUCCUGCUGCCAGUUGCUGACGGGAUGAAUGAAGUCUACAUCCGAUGUGAUAAUGAAACACAGUAUGCUAAGUGGAAAGCUGCAUGCAUGCUAGCCUCCAAAGGCAAGACGAUGGCCUACAGCUCCUAUAAGACAGAAGUGAGAAACAUCCAGUCUUUUUUGCAAAUGAAGAGCCUUGCGCCCCCUCCUGGUCAGGCCGCUCCGGACCUUGAUGAGAUGACAAUGAAUGCCGAGUGUUUUGUUUCCCCUCGCUAUGCCAAAAAGCACAAGACCAAGCAGCUAACAGCCCGGAUCCUAGAGGCCCACCAGAACAUAGCAAAGCUGUCAUUAAUGGAGGCCAAGAUGCGCUUUAUCCAGGCUUGGCAGUCGCUUCCAGAGUUUGGCAUCAACUACUACAUUGUCAGAUUCAAAGGUAGCAAGAAGGACGAAAUUCUUGGGAUUUCAUACAACCGCAUGAUUCGUAUUGACAUGUCCUCUGGCUUGCCCGUCACCACAUGGAGGUUCGCCAACAUGAAGCAGUGGAACGUCAACUGGGACAUAAGACAAGUGACCAUAGAAUUUGACCAGAACGUGACAAUAGCCUUCUGCUGUGUGAACUGCGACUGCAAGGUGGUCCACGAGUUCAUUGGUGGUUAUAUCUUUCUCUCCACACGAUCAAAAGACCAGAAUGAAACACUAGACGAAGAAAUGUUCCUUAAACUCAUCGGAGGCCAAGAAUAACCAAAGACAGGCUGUCUGUCCAUUUCGUACUGAUGUGCGUGUUCUCGUUGGCAUAAAACUAUGCUUGCAUCUUUAACGGUGAACCUUGAAAAAGUCACUGCAAAGGAAAAGGGCUCUAACACUAAUACUGAAAUAUAUCUUCCUGCACAGAACCACAUCACAGUUUGCGUUAUGUUUUUUUUUUUUUUUUGUCUUUUAUACACAACAUAAUUAUGUCGAUGUAAAUAUGUAGUUAGGAUUGUCUUUUUAAAAUAUGGAUGAGCUGAUAUGUAUGAGAAGCUAGCUCUUUUUAACAUCAAACAGAUGUAUUUCUGUCAUUAGUGGCACAAAAUUAAAACCAUUAGGGGGCUUUUAAUUGAAUUGUUUUUCAUUCUUGUUCAAAGUGUGUGAAAUUAAUUUGAAUUCUCAAUUUUUUAGCUGUGUUUACAGUGAAAUAAAAUGAUGAAAAUGUUGUACCGUGUACCUUGAAACAGACAGUUUCUUAUUCUACCUGUAUGUUGAAAGAUAUUGAUGUACACUGUACUCUUUGUGUGACACGAAAUCAGAAUAAACUUCUCUUGUUUUAGA